CCCCGCGAAUCUGAUAACAUGCUGCCCGACAAGGUCCAACAGGAAAUACCGCCUGAUCAGGAAAUCCAAGAUCUAGAACGUCAGCGCACAGAGCUAAAGGGCAGUCAGUUCAGAAUCCACAGCGGUAAUGAUGAAAAGAGAUUCGAGAUUUUAGCCGACAAAAUCAGGAACAAAGAGAAUAGUGCAAGAAGAACGUAA